AUGUCUAAAAUUGCUAACGAUUACGAUAUUCAUUUCAAACAGGGGCAAGAUGAGGUGGCUGAAGAUGGGGUUCUUGUGAUUAAUAAGAGAAACAGAGAGCAAUCCAAAUUCCCUGAAUUUCUACCAACUUGGGAUCCUAGCGAAAAACAUCCUCCCUUGAAAUUUUUUAAGCACUAUGAUCCUGGUCAUAGAGCUGAUCCGAGCUUCCCCAACUUGUUUCCAAAAGACGGUAGCCAUCAAUUGAAGAAAAUCACACCAAAAUUUGGUACAGAGGUUCAUGGUGUCCAGAUAUCGAGUUUAAAUGAUCAAGGAAAAGACGAAUUAGCUCUUUUUAUUGCUCAAAGAGGUGUUGGUGUGUUCAGAGACCAAGAUUUUGCUUCUAAGGGUCCCCUGUUUGCUGUUGAAUUCGGAAAGCAUUUUGGCCGUCUUCAUAUUCACCCAACAUCAGGUGCUCCACGCAAUCACCCGGAGCUUCAUAUAACAUACAGACGAUCGGAUCCAGGUGAAUUUGAAAGAGCUUUUGAAAAUCGUACUAAUAAUGUUGGAUGGCACUCAGAUAUAUCUUAUGAACUCCAAGGUCCAGGCACGACAUUUUUUAGUGUAUUAGAGGGCCCCGAAUCAGGAGGUGACACGAUUUUUGCAGACACAGAAGAGGCAUACAACCGUUUAUCGCCUGAAUUUCAAAAGAGAUUAAGCAAUCUUCACGUCUUACAUACGUCUAGUGACCAAGCAUCACAUUCCAGAGGAAGAGGUGGUGUUGAAAGAAGAGAGCCCGUAUCUCAUAUACACCCUUUAAUAAGAACUCAUCCAGUUACUAAAAAGAAGAGUAUUUACUUGAAUAAGCCAUUUUCGAGAAGAAUUGUCGAGCUUAAGGAAGAAGAAUCGGCUUAUUUACUUAAGUUUUUGAGUGAUCAUAUUGAAUCGUCUCAUGAUUUACAGUUAAGAGGAAGAUGGGAGCCAAACACUGUUGUUAUUUGGGAUAACAGAAGAACUGUUCACUCUGCAAUUAUUGAUUGGGAUACACCUGUUUCAAGACACGCCUUCAGAUUAACACCACAGGCGGAGAGACCAGUGGAAGAUUUGAAGGACUUAAAUAAAGAAGAGUACGAUGUCGGUGAUCUCGAAGCCACCUUAAAUGAAGCAUUACCUUAA